AUCUCCUCUGUCGCAUCCGAGUCGUCGCGAUAUCAAACAGGUGAACUCGUUGCCACAGGCUGAAGCAAUAUUUGACAGUCACUCUGACAGCUCCCAAGCACCAAAGGCUCCCCCCCCGCCCUGUUUGCCUGCUAGCACGAUUUUGGUUGCUUUGCAAUCGGUUGAUGGUUUUGAAUAACCCGCAAAACAAUAUCACGCAAGCUUCGUUUGCAACUCCCCACGAUAUAUGAUGGCUUCAGAAGACGUUGCAGCUCCUCAAACACCCGAUCUUCCAGCCGCUGAUCCAGAUGAUACUGCGGCUCCUCAAACUCCUGAUCUUUCAGCGGCUCAUUCAGAUGACUCACCUCCGGAAGAAAACACGAACCGACUGGAGGCCAACAAUGAAGUGGAGGAAGAGGAGCCGUGGGACGCCCAGCGUCGUAGAACUCCACUGAAAGUAGAUGUGGAAUUUCUCGACUUUGAGCAUUUCAAAAACCGCUACUCAGACGAGGAGGGCCUAGCCAUCAUCGAGGUCCUAUGUGGUCACUCGCAGAUCGGCCAGGAAGUCUCCAGGGAGAUCACACGACGGGCCCGAGGGAGAAAGGAUGUCAGACUGCCUACGCCCAAUCCCAAGCUGGUCCCAGACGGCGAGACAUGCUGGAUACAACGCGUCCGAAUCCAAUCUCCUCAGCUCAUUCGGUUGUUGUCUCGCUUGACAGGCCACCAUGACAAAUGGCCAAGCGACAAACCGCGCACCUUCUUUGCCCCGUUCCGCGCCUUUUGGUACUACUUGCCCCAGCUAAAGCAGUGUCUCGAGCUUCUCAAGGAGAAGCGGGCUACUACCGAUGACGACGCCCCCGGAAAACCCGCUCCCUCUCCCGAGUCGCCCACCGUCCUUACGAACGACAAAGGCGAGCAGGCAAGCGAACCCCUCGGCAACGACGAGGAAGACAGCAAUAGCAACGAUGAUGAUAACGAGUACGACGACAAUGGCUCUACAGCUGCCAGCGAUGCGCUCAGGGAGCCUGAGAAUGCUAUCGGAGACUUCACUGGCUCAGCCACAGCCCUUGCUCACCUCGAGAAGUUUGUCAAAUUCAUUGAAAAAUACAUCGUACCCCCGUGGCACCGUGCUGCCGGUACUAGCAAGCGCAAGUUCCGGUUCGUCGACCUUUGCACGGUCUUCCAGCCCGGCGAGCUUCUCCAUUAUGGCACCUCGUCCGACUCCACACAGAAUUCAGACAACGCCCACGGCUCCAGCCCAAAAAUGUACCAGACCGCAUGGCGGCUGUACAGCUUGUGCCUCGAGUCGGUCAGGGACGAUAAGCCCGAUGACAUACAGAAAAUCUCGAAUCGCACACUCCAUGUCCAUGCCUACUACUUGGACUAUGACGGCGACUCGUACGUCCCUAUCCGACAUACCUUUUUAAUAAAGGAUUAUGAGGGCGAGCGGGACAUCACAAACUUGGAAGUCUACCCGAUACGGUUUCUUAAGGAUGCCGAGAACGUGAAAAAAGCACUUCACAAACAGGGCACUCGGUUCCGCGAGGUGGUCACAAAGAAGCACCUGACCUACGACGGCUGGACACUCAACCACGGACCCACCGGUGCAUCCUCCGACCUCACCGUCGAGCAUAUUGAUGGAGAUGUCAUCAUUGACUUUGUGGAAGGGUACAAGUCGGAACCGCUCGUUGAAAUGGGCCCAUCUACAUGGGACCAAGGUUUCGAUGAAGGUGACGACAAUGACUGGCUCUAUGGCGACGACGACGUCUCUAUCGUGCAUUGGAAGCUCAACGCUAAGAAUUCCCGGCUUGAGAUGUGUGGCGAGAUCCGAGAGAAGACUCAACGGGCAGAAGUGUUUUUUGACCGGCUGAAGAGAGAGGAAAUAAACCGCAGAAACGCCCUCCAGACCUACGAAGACGGAAAGCCUAUCAAGGACUUGGAUGAAGACGACUUGAUGCUACUGCCUCGCCGAGUCGUCGCCUACGCCUUCCGGGAACGUCGGUUUGUCAUGCUCAACAUCCGGUCGCUCAAGGACCUCCCGCCCUCCGACAAUGUCUUCAGGAACCUCAAGAUCGAUCCGUCACAUAAAAGGAUGGUCAUUUCCCUGGUGAAAUCUCAUUUGGAGAAGUAAGCGGCCCAGAAACUUUGCCCUACUGCCAGUCUGAAUCAGGAUCUCGUCCGCGGUAAAGGUUCCGGCCUAGUUAUCCUGCUCCAUGGAGUCCCCGGGGUGGGCAAGACCGCCACGGCUGAAGCCGUCGCCCAGGCCAACAAGAAACCCUUGUUCGUCAUCACGUGUGGCGACCUGGGCUUCACUCCAAAGGACGUGGAGGAUUCUCUGAAGGACAUCUUCCGC